AUGGUCGCCAACAGGUGCCCGGAGAUAGAGGUGGUGGUGGUGGACAUCAACGAGGACCGUAUAAAGGCCUGGAACAGCGACGACCUGCCCAUCUACGAGCCCGGGCUGGACGACGUGGUCAAGGUCUGCAGGGGGAGGAACCUGUUCUUCAGCACGGACACCCACAAGCACGUCCAAGAGGCGGACAUUGUGUUCGUGAGCGUGAACACGCCGACCAAGACGACGGGCAUCGGAGCGGGGAAGGCCGCCAACCUGACGUACUGGGAGGGCGCCGCGCGGCUCAUUGCCGCCGUCUCCACGUCCAGCAAGAUCGUUGUCGAGAAGUCCACCGUGCCCGUGAAGACCGCGGACGCCAUCGGCAAGGUGCUGCGAAGGAACUGUGGUGAUCCAAACGUUCAGUUUGAGAUACUGUCCAAUCCUGAAUUCCUUGCUGAGGGAACAGCAAUAGAGGAUCUCAAGAAUCCAGACAGGGUUCUCAUUGGUGGCGCUGAAACAGAAUCCGGCCAAAAGGCAAUUCAAGUAUUGAAGAGUGUGUACGAACACUGGGUGCCCUCUGAGAGAAUAAUCACAGCAAACCUCUGGUCUGCCGAGUUGUCCAAGCUCACAGCCAACGCUUUCCUUGCUCAGAGGAUCUCGUCCGUGAAUGCCAUCUCAGCUCUGUGCGAGGUGACUGGGGCUGAUGUUCAGCAAGUGGCACAUGCCAUCGGGAUGGACUCCCGCAUUGGACGCAGGUUCCUCAACGCCUCCGUUGGAUUUGGGGGAUCCUGCUUCCAGAAGGACAUACUGAAUCUGUGCUAUGUGUGCGAGACGCUGGGCCUCCAGAAGGUAGCAGACUACUGGCACAGCGUUGUUUCCAUGAACGACUAUCAGAAACAGAGGUUUGUGGAGAGAAUCGCAUCCAGCAUGUUCAACACCGUCUACGGAAAGAAGAUCGCUGUUAUGGGAUUUGCGUUCAAGAAGGACACUGGUGAUACACGUGAGACAGCGGCCAUUGAUGUUUGCCAUGGGCUGAUCAGGGAGGGUGCCAACAUCAUGAUUUAUGAUCCAAAGGUGCCGGAGGAGCAGGUGUUCAAAGACCUGUCCAUGUCGAAAUUCGAGUGGGACAUCCCCAUGUCGCCAACCAAAGCAGACGCCAAACUCAGGCAGAACGUCUCCAUGCACUUUGACCCGUACAUGGCGAUGGAUGGGGCACACGCGCUGUGCAUCAUGACCGAGUGGGAUGAGUUCAAGACGUACGACUACCGGAAAGUGUACGACUCCAUGGUCAAGCCGGCUUAUGUCUUCGAUGGGCGCAACAUCCUGGACCACGACGAGCUGCGCAAGAUUGGCUUCGUUGUUUACGCCAUCGGGAAGCCGCUGGAUCCGUUUGUCAAGCGCGAGUGA